AUGGACGGCGACAUGAACGGCGACGACAGACGCAGGACAGUUCCCGACCGCUUCAGGCGCUACUCAAAAGGACCCUUUGUGCUGGGAUGUGCCAAUUUGAAGAGGGAAGCUCUGUCCACUCACCAGGGCAGCCAGGGCCAUAAAGAUGCGAAGACAUACCUUGCCAGCCAAAAAGAACGAAAUGCUUCACCUGCUUCUAAAAGCUUACAGCUUUUGAACAGGGCAGCUUUUGAAAAACUUAAUCUCUUCAAAAAUGCCCAUGCAGUGGCGAAAAAAUGUCGCCCAAUCAGCGACUUCGUUUGGGUGAAUGAACUUGACAUAAGCAAGGGUGUUUCAACAUCAGAGACGUACAGAAAUGUCCAUAGUUGCAAAGAAUUUAUGGUUGCAAUCUGUGAAGUUGAGAGGAAAAAAAUUGAGCAAAAGCUGGCAGAUGCUAAAUUUUGUACCAUUACGUCAGAUGGUUCUAUGGAUGUGUCCGUGAUUGAGAAUGAAAUUGUUUAUUGUCACUUUGCUGUCAAGGGAGUAGUUUAUUGCUUCUUUCUUGGUCUCAUUGAAUGUGAAUCUGGGGAUGCAAAAGGAGUGUAUGCUGCCAUAUGUAAAGCUAUGAAAUUUGAUACCCUGCCCGUGGAAGAUUUUACAAAGAAACUUGUAGCCUUUGCAGGUGACGGAGCAUCUGUUAACACUGGAGCUUUGAAUGGAGUUAUUGCACUCAUGCAGCAAGACAUUGGGAGGCACAUGGUGAUGAUCAGGUGUAUGUCUCACAGAACUGAAUUAUCGUUUAAAGAGGCAAUGAAGAACAGCACACUUUUUACGAAAGUCAAUAAACUGCUUGAUGAACUGUUCAAAUUCUACCAUAAAAGCCCUAAGCAGCGCAAUGGAUUGAAGCAAGUAUUCGAGGCCAGCAAGAUGGAUCAGUUGUUACCAACCAGGGUCGGAGGCACACGCUGGGUCAGCCACACUCAGUUAGCUGUACAAAACAUGCUGCGCUCAUACAAAGCUCUUGUCACGCACCUUGAGCAGGUUGCAAUCACUCCCAGUGCCUCAAGUGCCCAAUCAAAAGCCAAGUUCCUUGUGAACCAGCUAAAAGACCGUGAUAAUAUGGAGUAUGCUCAUUUUCUGGUUGACUUAUUGGCUGUAGUUUGCAAGCUCUCUUUGACACUUCAGAAACGGGAAACAUGUGUCUAUCAAGUUCACAAGGAGAUGAAGACCACAAUAACAAACAUCAAGAAGUUUGAAACAAGAGCCGGUUCUGAGCAGAGAAACUUUAAAGAUGUUAAUGUUAGUACAAAGACAUUAAAGGGCAUGACUUUGGUUGGGGGAUCUAGUAAACCAGAUGACCAGAGAAAAAGUGUUGUGCCAAAACUUGUUGAUGUUAUUGGCAAGAGAUAUGAGGAAUUGGACUCUGGGCUCUUGUCAGCAACCAAAAUUGCGGAAUUUAGCUGUUGGCCUCUAACUCAAGAAAAUGAAACAGACUUUGGUGAGGACCAUGUAACUCUGGUAAUAGACCACUAUCGACAAGUUUUGGAGAACCAAGGUGUCAGCAUUAGUGAGAUUGAAGCUGAGUGGGGAAUAUUGAAAGAGAAUAUAUAUAGCAACCACAAAGAUGUGCAUUCCUUGACCUGGAAGUUGGUAAAUAGUUUGUAUGUUGCCAAAUGUCCAAAUAUAUUAGCAGUGGUUGAUCUUUUGUUGUCCCUGCCAGCUGGAUCUUCUGAGUGUGAGAGGGGGUUUUCAGUCAUGAAGAACAUAAAGACAGACAACAGAAAUAGACUAAGAUCAACAACUAUGACUCUGCUCAUGACCAUACAAAUGCACUCUGCAGAUAUCUCCUCAUUUGAUCCAACAGAAGCAAUUCACCAUUGGUAUGAGAACAAACACAGGAGACCAUAUUUCAUGAACCCCAGGGUAAAAAAAUCAUCUACAACUACAAGGUCAAAGACAGUUGCUGCUGCUGUUAUUGAAGAAGAAGCAAAUGCAAAUUAA